AAAUCAACAUACCGGGCGCUUAGCGAAAUGUAACUUCACCUUCUUUUACUUCCCUGUAGUCUGUCUGUCGUUCAGUGUUAGCUUCAUGUGUCUUAAAAACAAGCAAUUAAAUGAAACAGUAUGCCUUUCAAAGAACCAGUGUUGGACCUACUUUCUGUGAUUUAGCUUUGUUUAGCUAACGUUUGGUUAAGUUUAACCAUUUCAAAAUGCGGAGUGAUUCUCUUCUCUCGAGCGUUAAUGUGGUGCUUGUCAUGGCCUUCGGUAGUCUGGUGUUUGUUUUGUUGUUUAUCUUUGUCAAAAGACAAAUUAUGCGCUUUGCCGUGAAGUCUCGGAGAGGACCACAUGUUCCCCUUGGCCACAAUGCUCCUAAGGAGCUGAGACAAGAAAUUGAAGCCAAACUGUGCCAGGUCCAGAAAAUCCACUUUGAGCCUCGUCUGCUCUCCCCAGAUGAUGACCGGCUAAAACACAAAGGACAGUCUGGUUCCCAUGACUACCUGUACAGGAUGAGAGCACUGGAUGCCAUCAGAGACACCGAUCUUCCUUUCCGUGAACUGGGUGGCACAUCCACCGCCGUGACGGGUAAAAGACUUAGGACCUGGCUUCUAAAUCUACGAAACUCUCACUGCGUGUUCCGAGACAGCCUGAGCUCGCUCAUCGACAAAGUGCUGGAUGGGUACAACAAAGCACGGCACGGGGCUGAGGCUUUUGGGGAAGCAGAAUUUUUUAAAUACCAGGAAGCUCUAACUGAACUGGCGUCUAUCGUCAAGUCUCACAGCAGCAGCAGCAACACUCCGAGCCAGAACCACCAGUCUGCAGCCAAAGACCUGACCAGCACCACGGAGCCUGCAAGCUCCUCCUCCUCCCCCACCCAAACCACCUACCUCACAUCUUCAAUGCAGCAGCGGAGCAAGCGGCCCGGACACUUCCUGGAGCUGAAGAACUUCAAAGACAACUACAACACUCUGGACAGCUCCUUCUGAAAACUUGUGACGCCCAUCUAAAAGAAAGUUCAAAGACAAGGUAGUGCUGCCAAUAUUAAAGUGCCUACGGACAACGGGUCGCCAGCGCCAGAUGGUUAAGAGUGAAAUGAAAAACACUGCCUUCAUGUAUUAACACAUAUUGCCUGGUUUACAGUAUAAUGCAUAUCAGACUCAAUGCUCUUUACCUAAGUGUAGCUUAUGCGUAUAUCCUGUAUUAAUGCAUGUUUGAGUGCUAGAAUUAGGUAGAAAAGUGACUAUAGUAAGUAGGGUUGAUUUGACCAAAAACAAAACCAGAGCCAUGGGGCUAUGCAAUGACAUAAGACAAUCAUAUAUAUAACACAGUGUAAAGGCCUAUGCAGACUUUUAGAGAAUUAACCAACUGUGUUUAAACACGCUAAUAGUAAACAAAGUUUGGAGAGAAAACCAGUAUUAAUGGUGGAAAAACACACACUGUCACUUAUGUUUACAUCUAUGUAUGUCUUUUUUUAAUCCUUAAAUGUUUGUCUUACAGAAGCCAUACUUGAUAUAAUGAAUUUUGAUAGUUAAGUGCUCUUUUGAUUUAAUUGUUCUUUCAGUGCAAUGAAACCAUAUUCCAGUGCAUUAAUGCAUUCUGAAUGUUGCAUCAGGGCAAGUCUUUUCCUGGCCUUUAUUAGACAGGGACUUGAGAAUUACCACUGAAGCAUGUGAUGUCCAUGCAUGAAUAUUUGUAUUUUCUGUGGCGCUUAUUGAACAAGUUGCCAUCCAAAUAAAACUAAGACGUACUGUCAAAAUGUU